AUGAUCUUCAAGGUGAAAUUUGAUAGUGGAGUAUUACUGCUUAGCACACACAGACUAAUCUGGAGGGAUCAGAAGAAUCAUGAGUGCUGCAUUGCUAUACCUCUGUCUCAGGUCGUCUUUAUUGAAGAGCAAGCAGCUGGGAUAGGAAAAAGUGCUAAAAUAGUAGUUCAUCUUCAUCCUGCUUCUUCAAACAAAGAGCCUGGUCCAUUCCAAAGCAGCAAAUAUUCAUACAUCAAACUUUCUUUCAAAGAACAUGGGCAGAUUGAGUUCUAUAGACGAUUAUCAGAAGAAAUAACACAAAGGAGAUGGGAGAGCAUGCCUACUGGCCAGACCAUCCAAGUUAACAAGGAUCAACAGGCAGGAAGAAUAAGGGCUGUAGGAAUUGUGGGGAUUGAAAGGAAAUUAGAGGAAAAAAGAAAAGAGACUGACAAAAACAUUUCCGAGGCUUUUGAGGAUCUUAGCAAACUAAUGGAGAAGGCUAAGGAAAUGGUGGAGUUAUCCAAGUCAAUAGCUAAUAAGAUUAAAGAAAAGCAAGGUGACAUCACUGAGGAUGAGACUAUUAGGUUCAAGUCCUAUCUACUGAGCAUGGGUAUAGCUAAUCCAGUUACUAGGGAAACAUAUGGAUCUGGUACACAUUACCACAUGCAACUGGCGAAGCAACUAGCUGGAAUACUGCAGAUACCAUUAGAGGAGCGAGGAGGGAUCAUGUCACUUACAGAAGUGUACUGUCUGGUAAAUCGCGCACGAGGAUUAGAGCUGCUGUCACCGGAAGAUUUAGUAAAUGCUUGUAAGAUGCUGGAGUCACUGAAAUUACCGCUAAGGCUUCGGAUAUUUGACAGUGGUGUGAUGGUGAUUGAACUCCAGUCUCAUAAUGAAGAGGAAAUGGUAGCUUCUGCUUUAGAGACAGUGUCUGAAAAGGGUUCUCUUACAGCUGACGAGUUUGCUAAGCUGGUGGGGAUGUCUGUUCUCUUAGCCAAAGAAAGGCUGCUUCUUGCUGAAAAGAUGGGCCAUCUUUGCAGAGAUGAUUCAGUGGAAGGCUUGAGAUUCUACCCAAAUUUAUUUCUGACACAAAGCUAAUGUCGUUUGUGUACAAUUUCUUACGUAACACCUGAACGUGAGAGCAGAGGGCAGAACCCUUCCAACAACUGACUUUAAAAUUUUUAUUCUGUUAGUGAACUGCAACAGUGAUGGACAUUGCAAUGCUUUACAGUUCUCAGGUAUUUCAAGUGCUGAAUCCUCUUACGUGGAACUGAAAGGAAAUAGGAGUCACCAAGUCGGAAGCAUGUUAAUUGUCUCAAGCCAGCUAGCUCAUGUUUCAAGUUUUAUUUGAUGUGCUCUGUAGUUUCUCAUUGUUAGAGAAGUCAGAUGAAGAUUCCACACAAGUGAAAGUGGAGAGACUAUCCCUGUAGACUGCCAUGAGGGUUGGCACCCAGAAGACAGGUUACUGCAUACUCCAAUUUGAGUUUGUUUAUGUCUAGAGCAACAAAGCAGACAGAUGUAUCCGUAGCGAUAAGAAAAGUGACUU